CGCUCCCGGGGCCAAAUGGCUGAGGAAAACGCAGGGAGCAACCAGAAGCUGAAUGAGGAAAUCGAAGCAAUGGCAGCUAUAUACGGCGAGGAAUGGUGUGUCAUUGACGACUGUGCCAAAAUAUUCUGUAUUAGAAUUAGUGAUGAUAUCGAUAACCCCAAGUGGACAAUUUGCUUGCAGGUGAUGCUACCGAAUGAAUACCCAGCUACAGCUCCACCUAUCUAUCAAUUGAAUGCUCCUUGGCUUAAAGGGCAAGAACGUGUGGAUUUAUCAAAUAGCCUUGAGGAAAUAUAUAUGCAGAAUAUUGGUGAAAGUAUUCUUUACCUGUGGGUGGAGAAAAUAAGAGAUGUUCUAAUACAAAAAUCUCAGAUGACAGAUCCAGGUCCAGACGUAAAGAAGAAAACUGAAAAGGAAGAUGUUGAAUGUGAAGAUGAUCUCAUUUUAGCAUAUCAACCAGAAAAUCCAGAAAUGGAAGAAUUACCUCCAAUUGAUCAUGGCGUUCCUAUUACAGACCGAAGAAGUACUUUUCAGGCACACUUGGCUCCAGUAGUUUGUCCCAAACAGGUGAAAAUGGUUCUUGCCAAAUUGUAUGAGAAUAAGAAAAUAGCUAGUGCAACCCACAACAUCUAUGCGUACCGAAUAUAUUGUGAGGAUAAACAGACCUUCUUACAGGACUGUGAGGAUGAUGGGGAAACAGCAGCUGGUGGGCGUCUUCUCCAUCUCAUGGAGAUUUUGAACGUGAGAAAUGUCAUGGUGGUAGUAUCACGCUGGUUUGGAGGGAUUCUGCUAGGACCAGAUCGCUUUAAACAUAUCAACAACUGUGCCAGAAACAUACUAGUGGAGAAGAACUACAUAAAUUCACCAGAGGAAUCAUCUAAGGCUUUGGGAAAGAACAAAAAAGUCAGAAAAGACAAGAAGAGGAGUGAACAUUAAUACCUGAAACUAUAUGAAAGGUUAAUUUGCCUAUAAUUACAUACAGAUUCCACAGGCAUCAAGGAAUAUAUAGAGAGAGGAUCCUGGACUGCUCAAGUCGGCCAAUUCAUUGUGGACACCAACAUUAUCUUUUCUUCUUUGGUUAUAUCAUCUGCCAAAAAUAGAGAACUUGUGAUAUAUUCAUGUGUGUUUCAGGCUGAUUGGGAAGAAUUAAUAUGAACUUAAUCACCACUCCAUCUAAUUUUAGGAAGGUAACAGUUGCCCAGGGCAGUACCUGAAUUAACUGUCCAUUUCAGUACAUGUCAAGUGCCUUUGUUAGGUGGGGAAGAAAUGUCUCUAGAGGAAUAUAAAUAUCUGAUUUCUUGUCAUUGGGAUUCUCAUUUGGUGAAUGAAUAUUGCCUUUUACUACUCUUUAUGGCUUGUUGGAAUAGGAGCUCAUUGAAGAUUGAUCUUGGAGAGUUUCUUCUUGUGGUUUUGGUUCAUAAGUAUGUCACCUCUCAUUUUAUAGUGUUCAUCAUUGAGUAAUGGAUUAAGUGAAAAUCCAGGAGUAUCCAUCUACAGUUACGUGCUGAAGUGAUAAUUCAUCUAACACAUUUGUUAGCGUAAGUGUUAUGCCUCAGUUUCUCUUGCAAAUUGGUGAUUAUGAAAUUUCAAAAAGUGAUUUUCUAGUGUCUACCUUUUUUGUUUUAAUUCUUGUAAUGUAAAGCAAUAAAUAUGGAGUGUCACUACUUUCUUCUCGCCCCUGAAAUGUGUUGGUGUAAUAUUCUGGUUUCUUUUAACAACUUGGAAGUACCUUUCUUGUGAUCUUCAUUGAGGACUUAGAACUACGCUAGAAGCUAUGCUGUGGUAAAGGGACAUUUAUAGAAGGGAUAGAGGUGGCGGAACAACACUGGUGGCAGGGCAAGAUUAUGUCAUGUAGUUAUGUAACUGUGAUGCACUUGCCCCAUCUGCACUCCAACCAUCUUCCUCAGUUCCAUGACUUUGUGGAGAGAAGGAACAAACCUUUUGAUAGGAAAAACAAAAUCCCUCCUUUUUUCCAUUCUCAUCAAAUCUAACUUUUCAUCAGUGUUAUAUGUUCCUUCUUUCAUCUGCAAGUUGUGUGAUUUACCUCUAGGUAUCUAGACAAUAAAUUUACCUUUGAUAUAU